UUUCAUUUCCAAUGGCGGUCGCUAGGGUUUCGUCUUCGACUUCCCGCCUCCUCCACCUCCCUCCCUCCACCACCACUUCCCUCCUCCACUCCUUCCUGCGCCCACUCUCCACCUCCCCCGUCUCGGCGCCUCCUCGCCUCUCGCACUCGAGAAGCUACCCCGUCGAUGCCAGUUUCCCCCAAGCUUCACCUCUCCCCUCUACCGGGAGGGAGGAGGCGGAAGCCCCGAGGCCCACCUCCAGGCGGCCCUGGAAGCCCACGUGCUUGUACUACACUCAGGGAAAAUGCACCAUGAUGGAUGAUGUUUCGCAUCUUGAGAAAUUCAAUCAUAGUUUGUUGCUGGACCUACCAGUGAAUGCUUCAGCUGCAGAAAAAGUGAAGCCUCAGAAACUGGAUUAUUUUUUAGUUCUUGAUUUGGAGGGUAAGGUUGAAAUUCUUGAAUUCCCAGUAGUAAUGAUUGAUGCUCAUAGCAUGGAGUUCAUCGAUUCAUUUCACAGGUUUGUACGCCCAACUGCAAUGAGUGAGCAACGAAUAGGAGAAUAUAUAGAAGGAAAAUAUGGAAAGUUUGGAGUUGACCGUGUAUGGCAUGACACUGCUAUCCCUUUCGGGGAAGUUCUUCGAGAGUUCGAAGACUGGAUUGGAGGUCACAAACUGUGGAAACAGAAACAGGGAGAAUCCCUCAAUAGCGCAGCAUUCAUUACAUGUGGCAAUUGGGAUUUGAAGACGAAAGUCCCUGAGCAGUGCAAGGUUUCAAAAAUAAAGUUACCAUCUUACUUUAUGGAGUGGAUUAAUUUGAAAGAUAUCUAUCUGAACUUCUAUAACAGAAGAGCGACUGGAAUGAUGACUAUGAUGAGGGAGCUUCAAAUCCCAAUUGUUGGAAGCCACCAUCUCGGGAUAGAUGAUACGAAAAACAUUACAAGAGUCGUCCAGCGCAUGCUUGCUGAUGGUGCUGUAAUACAAAUUACAGCAAGGAGGCACCCAGAUACAAGUGAGGUGAAAUUUCUUUUCAAGAACAGAAUCAGGUGAUGGAAUAUUAUGACAUGCGAGUUUGACAUGGCCCAGCUAGAAGACGAGGAGAUGCACUCCAGUGAAAAUGAACAACUGCAUGGAGUGACUGACUGGGUUGGCCAGCUAUUUGAAUGGAGUGACUGACAUGCUAAACCUAGUUCACAUCCCUUUUUGGCGAGACACCGAUGACAGUGACUUGAAUAACUGGCCCUUUGUAGUACUGAUUGGGAUGCAAAUAGAUCUGGACUCCUGGAGUAGCAUGCCAUGGGAAGGACCACAUCUUUACUUUCUGCUGUGUACGCAUUACUGAUGCACUGUAUCCUCUGUGAUAUUCAGGUAAAACACAAA